CUGGCGCUUUCCAACAUGACACGACACUACUAAAGGAGAUAGAAGACUUCAUAAAAGUCGCAUCGUGUUUAGUAAGACUGUAUUACUCGUACUGGGUGUUUUCUGAGUGUGUAUAUGUCGUGUAAAUCUUACCCAGCUCGGUCGAUACGAUCCCCGGACACCCCCCCUCCCCCGGAAGCAUGGAUGACUCGGAUGGUUUAGCCCAGUGAGUCCAGGGAUCAAGCUCCUAGCUGUUCUGCUACAAUAAGUUGUGAACUAUGGACGAUCAAUCCUACUUUCGGCGUUUAUAAAUGAAUACUUUGAUCGUUUCGGGUUGAUUGCGACGCGAUGUGAAAACACGGCUUCGUGGAGAGAAGUGCCAAGAAGCUCCAUGGCAAUCAGCAACUUCAAAUUUGGCUCAUAAUCUUUUUUUGGGGGGUUCGCAUUAAUGGCUGCUCAGUCUAGUGUACGCGAAGAACUGAACGUCCUGCGGAGGAAAGAAUGGGAGCGGAGGAACCAGGAGACCCUGCAAGACAAGGAGCUGUAUCAGGAGAGUACGCCGCUCUUUGGGGAGCCUUACAAGACAAACAAAGGCGAUGAACUGUCCAGCCGCAUCCAGAGGAUGCUCGGUAAUUAUGAGGAUGGGAACAACUUCCAGUAUAACCAGUUUGACGGGGAACCCAUGGCUCAACCCCCUUCGUCAUCGUCGUACGGACGUUCAGGGAACCCCGUGCACAAGGACAAAACGGAUCCCUCAUUCCAGAGUUCAUCGUCGUACAGAAGCACUAAACAAGGCCACUCGAGUCACAGCUCGUCUAAGCCUUCGAAGAAGUUCCCGAUCCUGGAAAUCUCCUUCCCAGUCCAGAGCAAAGAAGGUCCCGGCAAAUCCCAUCAAACGAAAACAGACUCCUGGCCUGACAUGAGGGACUAUGCCACCUUACCGCCUCCUGUUCUUCCGGACCUUUCACCGCCUGCAGAACCUUUGUCCCCUUUACAUUCCAGCGAAUCAGAACAGGACAUGGAUGACGAUAACGGUACCAACGAGCACUCGCUUUCCCCUCGCUGCAAAAGUUCUUCCGGAAGGACUGUCCCGUCGCAGCGUUCAGAGGCCCAACAAAAGGAAACGUCCCACCUGGGCGGAGACGCCCCAAUCCAGGCUUCUCAGACCUUCCCGCUUCCACUGUCUUCCAAGCCCAACUUGGCCAACUCUAGGAAGCCCAUGGCGUUGGUCCGACCCAUGGAUGGACCUGACCAGGUCAACAACGAGUCCCCGAAUCUUAAACCGUCGCCCGACGACUAUCACGGACAGUCUUAUGAGAACUUGUCGGAUCUGAAGAACGUAGGCAAGCCGAACCUUCCUCCGCUAAAGAUCCCGUCGCAGUCUGUAGAGAUGCUGUCAAAUGAGGUUCAGCGUGUGGAGGAGAUUCUCAGAGAAAUGACCCACUCAUGGCCUCCUCUGCUAACAGCCAUUCAAACCCCGAGUACAGCCGAGCCAUCCAAGUUCUCCUUUCCUAACAAGGAGUCCAGUGUUCAUCGUGGAUACCAGCAGCCUCAAAAGCACAGUGAGUCACCACCGAAAGCUCCGCUGUCACCUGUUCACCAGCACCCAGUUGCGUGUGAAGAUGGCGGUGCCGCUGUGUUGGCGCCUGCCAACGGAGCGGGGUCUGGGAGCUCCAGCGACUCAGAGAGCAGCUCCGAGUCUGAAUCCGACAGCGAGAGCAGCGACAGCGGCACAGAUGAGAUGCCACCUGCUCCUAGGAGUAACACACCACCAGUGAAGGCCGAGGGGCUGAAAGACAUCAACUGGCAGUUGAUCACUUGGAUCAAGGAGAGCCAGCAGAGCCUGAACCCUCAGAACCAGGCCGACGUUGCGUCAAAACCCAAGCCCAAACCUGCGGCCAGCACCAAAUCGCAAAUGCACACUCGCUCUGCGGAGGAUUCCAAACCCAAAAAUAAGAGACACUACAACUCCUCCCGUACUCCCCCCGCCCAGCCUGAGUUCAGUGACGCCAAUCCUGAGGCCAAGCCCGCCCCUGUUAACCAACACACCAGCCACAAACCUGCUUCUAACGCCAAUCCGGAGGCAGGAACCCGAAAAACGGUAGGUGAUAACCGCCUAGGGAAGAGCACCAAAGCCCAGAGCAGCUUGCACGUCGAAAGCGUGGAGGUGACUCCCCGCAACAAAGAUGCAACGUUUACGGAAAGGCCAAAGGUCAAGACGAAAACUGGUCACGAGAAGAAAUCUGAGAGCAGAAAAUCGACCAAACGGUCAUCUUCGGAAAAAAGGGACGGGAAAGAAGCAGCUGCGAAGCCUACCACAGCGGUGGCGGAGGACAAAAAGGAGGCGGAGCCUGUUCGCCCGUCCUCCCCGCUACCCAAAAGCAGCGUAACUGUAACUCGUGUGCCCUCCAAAAGCUCCAAAAAGAGCCGGGCUCGCUCACCGAAGACGGACAGGAAAUCCAAAUCCUCGGCAUCCAAAUCGACCGUCGACGUUCCUCUCGCUUUGGUGGUGAAGAUCCAGCUCAGUCAGCUGGCCAGAGUGCCACAGGUACCCAAAGCAACGAAGACCGGAACCAGCGCUCAUGUGGAGACCCCUUUAAAGAAACCGAGCCAGGAGAAAGAACCUGGUAAAGCGGGCAAGAAGAGACCUGCUGAUCACACUGAUCUCUCCGUGCCAAAAAAGAAGCCGAAACUGGAAAAGGACAGAGAGGGAAAAGCGUUGUCUUCAUCUCAGCACAGCUCCGUCAAAACAGAAGCAGCCGCGAGGAGCCGCGAGGAGUCAGACAGGAAGAGCAGCAAGAAGGUCCACACUCCUGCUCCUCACAACCCGGGACACAGACGCCGCGCUGGAGAGAUGGAGGAGAGCGGCAACUCGGGCAGCAAGCACAAGAAGAAGUGCUCGAUCAGAGCAGAGCAUGGCAAGAGAGACAAGAAAGCACCAAAGAGCAGCACAUCUGCCCCGGAUUCGUCGGCUUCCUGUGGAGCCCCGGCAGCACACCGACCCCUGCUCAAGUUUGACGACAAGCAGUACCCUGUGGAUUAUCAUAUGAAGGAAGCCAAAAAGCUGAAGCACAAAGCCGACGCCAUGGUGGAUAAAAUGGGUAAGGCCUUGAGUUACCUGGAUGCUGCCAUGUCCUUCGUAGAGAGUGGCAUCGCCAUGGAGACAGAUCCCCAGACGCCCAAGUCGGCUUACACCAUGUUCUCCGACACCGUAGAUCUCAUCAGAUUUAUCCUGAAGCUGAAGAACUACGUAGACCCGUCAGCUCCUGCGUCAGAGCGAGACUUCUUAGUCCUGUGUAUGCGAUGUCAGGCCCUCCUGCAGAUGGCGAUGUUUCGCUGUAAACGCGAAUCAGCGCUGAAGUAUUCUCGCACACUCACCGAAUAUUUCAAGAGCUCCAAGACGAUGCAGGCUCCUUCCCCCUGCAUCUCCAAGAGCUCGUCCCCGAGGUCCCCGAUGCCGUCCCCGGCGAGUUCGGUCAUCUCCAAUCCCAGCGGCAGCGGAAGCACUGUGUCCAUUCCUCAGCUCAUCCAGCAGAUGGCGUCAUCGUACAUCAACAUCACUGCUCUCUUCCUCAACGCUCACGAGACAUGGGAACAGGCCGAGGAGCUGGCACGCACACGCACCGGUCUGUUGAGCGAUCUGGACAAGGUCCUCGGCCACCUGAGUUUGACUUCCAGCAUGCCGGUUCUGGUGCGUUACACUCGCCAAGGUCUCCACUGGCUCAGACUGGACACCUCGAACCCUUGCAGCGGCCCGUGAGCUUGUGUGUGUGUGUGUGUGUGUGUGUGUGUGUGUGUGUGUGUGUGUGUGUGUGUGUGUGUGUGUGAGGAAAACGGGCGUCUUUUAAUUAUUUUAUGUUCUGCUUCGGGAAGGAAGGAAGUCCGUUUGCACUUCGUUCUGAAAGAAAGCAAGUCGAUGUAAAGACAUUUCUUCACACAGAGAAGAAGCUGAAAAUCACUGGAAUCUCACACAGAGCGAGAGAGAGAGAGAGCGAGACGCUGACUUCAUCUUUUUUUCUUUCCUUUCGCCGCUCUAAAGGACAAAUAGAGGGAACAAACAUGAAGUCCACACUACAUGUUUCAACUUUAACUUUGCACUCGUUUCCUCUUAUCAUGUGACUCAUUAAUUUAAACCCCACGUUUUUCAUAUCUCCUGUGGAAAACCCAAAAAACUGUGAUCCCACUCUUAUUUAUUUCGUCUGUAUUAUUAUUACUAUUGUUAUUCCUUAUUAUUAGUAAUAUAUUGACCUUGAAUUUUUUUCGCCCUCUUUGGAAAGACUUUUUUUUUUUUCUUUUUUUUUACCCUGAUGUUUAGGCUUCCAACUGACAUGAAAUGAUGAUCUUUUUUUUUUUCUUUUUCUUUUUUUUUUUAAAGUUAUUUUCCUGUGAUCCAACUCCGAAGUUCAUCACUUGCGCUUCGCUGUUUGUUUGUUUUUUCCAGAUCCACAGUGAAGACGUAUUUGAUUGGAAUUUGAAAUAUAAAGCCACUGUUUUGUUUUUUGUUUUGUUUUUCAAACUUUUUUCCAAAUUUGAAAUCAAUUAACAAAAUAUAAUUCUACCUCAAGCGGACAACAGAGGCAGAGGAACAAUUAACACACACACACACACCUGUACCUGCACAAACCCAGGGCCUGAGUUGUACCUGAACAUAAUAUCACACCUUUAGUAUGUAAAACACUUGUGCCUUAUAGUGAAACUGCUGUAAUGAAACAAAGCCACCGCAGAUCUAAAGAUUUUUUUUUUUAAACCCAGAUGAACUCGCGACAGCUGUGUGUAAUGAUAUCAGUUUCUUGAUUCGCAUCUGUCUCUGGAUGUGGGUUCAGACUUAAUGCACUUUCCAGGGAGGAAACAGGAAUGGCUACGAUGCCGAGGGGACAACAACAACAACAAAAAAACAAACACGAUCGUUGUGUACUUUCUGCUUCGUAGCCAGAUUGGGAUUGCAAAGGUGCCAAUACUUACAAUUCAGCUGUAGCAUUUAUAUUUUUUUGUUUUUUUAAACCUGUUGCUAUGGCAACAUGAGAGACACCUGAAAUCUCAGCGGAGAAGACGAUUCACUGAAGGGGACGUGACGUGAAAGACAUUCAAUUCUGGUUACGUUUUCUUUCGUAAGUAAAUAAACGGCCUGAUUUAUUAUUAUUAUUAUUAUUAUUAUUAUUAUUAUUAUUAUUAUCACCAAUGCAGAUGUUUCGCCUUUUACUGUUGUUUAGCGCACAUCUGGGGAGGGGGAAAAGAAACUAGGUAGUUGGUUAACUUUCCCACUACAUUCGUUCGGGUCGUUAUCAUCGCGUCGUCUCGUCCAGUGACGUUUGAGGUCAAAUCAAUUUUUUCUUUUUUUUUUGCCUGAUAGAAUUAUUAUUAUUAUUAUUAUUAUUAUUAUUAUUUCUUUUUCUUUUUUCCCCCCAAAUCUCAGUGCGUUGAAAUCUCCUCCCCGUUCGCUCUCAGCAGAUUUUCUUGUCUUGCACAGCAGAAUCUUUACCGAUCGUUUCCUCUGGAAGUGCUGCUCGAGCGAGGUCUCGUUCGGUUUGCGUUCGAGAGAACCGAACGUUUUGGCGAAGGAGAUGGAUAUCCGAGGGAACUCUGGUAGCUGUUAUGUUUAAGUCAAAAUAAAAACUAAAAAACAUCCAGAAGCUUUGCUGUAGGUCUCACGUUAUUUAUUAAAUAUGGAACUGCAAACUGUUUUGGCGAACAAAGCGACUGAGGACGAUUUGCCGCGUCACCUUUUUGAAUUUUUCGUCAAAGUGUCACUUUUGGGGUUCGGUUUCGUUUCCGGUCGUUUCCAUGGAUACAUUCCAGCAAAGUUACCUUCAAACAGCCAAUCAGAAAGGAGUAUUUUUCCCAGUCAUCGUUUAAAUCAAAUUGAUUGUUAUUUAUUAUUUAAUUGUAUUUAAUUUCAGUGUUUAACUACAGAAGAAUGCUAACCUUUCUGAAACGUGACACGAUCCGAAUUUUUCUCCAAAAUUCCGUAACCAAAUUUUCAACUCCAAACUUUUUUUUUAUUUUAUUUUUUUUUUUUACUGCAAAAUAUUUUUUCCUCCAGAAAAUGUCAGCUGGAUUCAGAGCAAUAACACAUAGUUGGCUUUAUGUGUGUGUGUGUGUGUGUGUGUGUGUGUGUGUCUGUCCUUGCUGUUGUCCACUGCUAAACGAGUGCCAUGAAAAGCAUUUCUCAAACCAGCUACACACACACACUCACACACACACGGAGACAGACAGUAACUUGGUUCUUGGUUUAAAGGUGUGUUUUGGAAAACGUUGGCUUUUUAUUUUCUUCCUGAGAUUCCCAGCGGGAUUCCUGUACUGGAAAUGUGAACUUUGUAAGGACGGCUGAGAUUUAAGGGCUGCACAUGAAAUCCGAAAAGGAAAUUGUAUUACUGUAUUUAUUUUUAUCAUAAAUUAUCAACGAAAGGAAAACUCUAGAACUAUUUGUCCUGUCUGAUCAUGUGAUAAUGCUUUUUUUUUUUUUUUUUUUUUUCAGCUUUUGUCGAAUUUUCAAUUCUUCCAAAGAACACUGUUUUACUUGUUCUUAAGACAAAUUUUACAGGAUGUUUUUUUUUUUCUUUUUUUUUUUUUUUGUUGUUGUUUGUUUCAUCUCUGUACACUAAAUGAAAAGGUCCUCCAUAUUUCCGCAUCACGCGAUCGUUCUGUAAAAGUCCGAAUCCUGUAUACGAGUUUUUGCUUUAUGUUCUAUAUCACAUGCGUGAGGGUGUUUUUGACGUGCAAAACGGAGCGUGUUUUUUCUUCCUACAUACCAUGAGUUUCAAAAUAAACGAUGGGGGGAGGGAGGGAAAAGAAGAAGAAGAAGGAAAAAAAAAAACUUUCCAUCAAAUUGUUCGGAAUCAUUUUGUAAUUUUGCCUUGUUGGACAGAUGUAAAUAGUGUUAUGUACAGCGCUGUAUAAAGAAUGGCAAUUAAAUGAGUUUUGUUCUUUUUUCUUUUUCUUUCCUUUAACUUACCAAAAAAAAAAAAAGAUCAGUCACCCCCCCCCCCCCCCCCAAAGCUGUUUAUGCAGACAUUUGUAGCUAGGGGUCGAUCGGAUUGUCGGUUCCUCUCUGAGUGCCGACCACAGCUCUGAUUUUUGUCUGAUACUUCGCAGGCAAUAAAGUUUUUUGGGGAAAAAAUCA